AAUGACUACUGCUUCCGUGUCAGAGACCCGUCUUUGUGUGCUGAGCGCAUAACAGAGGUGAUAGUGUCUGGCAUGGAGGCGUACAUUCCUCACUCUUUUUCUCGUCCUAAACCUUCCAAACCUUGGUUUAACACAGCUUGUUCUCGUGCUAUACAUGAUAGAGAGGUGGCUCACAAAAGGUACUUAAGCCUUCCAUCACCAAAAUCUCAUGCACUUUAUAUUUCCGCCCGGAACCAUGCCAAGUCCGUUCUCCAACUAGCCAAAAACUCCUUCAUUAACAGAAAAUGUCAAAAUCUUUCAAGAUCUAACUCCCCUCGUGACUUCUGGGAUCUAGUCAAAAAUAUCUCCAAUAACUUUGCUUCUUCUUUCCCUCCUCUAUUUCAACCAGAUGGCACCGCUGCUAUCACAUCUAUUUCUAAAGCUGAACUCUUCGCUCAGACCUUUGCCAAAAACCCUACCUUGGACUAUUCUGGGCUUGUUCCUCCCUUUCCUCCACCCUCUGACUACUUCAAGCCACCUAUUAAAAUUCUUCGCAAUGAUGUUUUCCAUGCCCACGCUGGCCUAAACCCUCAGAAGGCUUAUGGACCUGAUGGGGCAUCAUACCAUAGAAAGAAGAACACAAGUAGGUUCCUACGUCAACUUCUGUGUCUUCCAUUCUUACCAGCAGAGCAGAUACGAUCUACCUUCAGUGAGUUCAGGAAUAUAGUGGCAGGAAGUCAUACAAUAGCCCUCCAUAGCCUGUUGGAGUACACCGAAGACACUUGGAUAGAAGGACGUUUGUGGACACCCAGUAGCUGGUCAGUCUUUGGCUUAACAAUUAGGACCAACAAUGAUAUUGAAGGAUGGCAUAAUAAUUUGAAAAUUUUGUGUAGCAAAUACUGGAAUGUGAACAUGAAGCAUGAAGAAGCAAAGCUUGUAAAUAUCCAGUGCCUUUUAGUGUCAGAGGGCAAGCUGCAAAGUUACCAAAGACAGACAUAUAAGGAUUACCAGAAAAAAAAAAAAUUAUGUGGCAAGAGUACAAAGAUGGUGUGCUACAGCCUCAAGAUUUACAUUGCCGUGUCUCCCAGUAUCACCAUCCUCAUAAUACUAGGUCAGCGGAUGAAAAUGUGGAAAUGUAGGUUUUAAGUGUAUAUUUUUUACUGUACAAUAAAGUAUUUUAUCCUGUGUUAUCUGAAUAAUGAUAAAUAAAUAAAUAAUGUGAAUAUCCUAAUGUUGAUUUUAGCAGAACCGCUGAAUCGCCCAAGUCUGGAAAAUAUCCACACCGUCGAAUUGUAGUUCCGUCGAAAUGUCCUGUAUUCGUUUGCCAAGCAAAAACUGAACCAUCCUAUUGGUCGACAGGGGAUCACCAUCAGCCCUCCCAUUGGCCUAGAGCUUUGUGGAUUGUGAUUGGAUGGCUGGCUGACCUGAUCUGAUCUCAACCAAGCCAACAUGAUUUACGUUUUCCCCAUUGACACUGGCACCUUGAUGACCUUUGACAUGAAUCUGGCACUAGAGAGUGUUGAGGUGGUGAAGGGCACAACAGACAAUGCUGUCAAGGUGCUCCCAGACAAACAGUGGAGAGGCGGACAGGUGCAGCAAGCCAGCAGGCCUAUACGUGGCAGGUGCAGCAAGCCGGCAGGCCUAAACAUGGCGGGUGCAGCAAGCCGGCAGACCUACACAUGGCAGGCCCUGCACAAGACACACCUGCCUGUCUCUGCCUACCGGCCCUGUCCGUGCACCUGCCCAGCCUUCCUCCACAGCUCCCUGAUGACUUCCCACUCACCCACCGCUCUGUUCCACACACAGUUCCUUCCCGUCUCUUUCCUCACCCUCAAUUUUUUAAGCCCCAGUCCGCUAUCUGUCAUUCUGCCUGCCAGUCCUCAGAGCGCUGGCUGUGCCCCCCUCGCUGUGACCUCUGUGCCACUGGAAGACUUGUGUCAGGCCCCUCUUGACCUACACCCUUCCCCCUGGAGAGUCAGCAGGGUAGCCUCAGUGUGUUGUGGUGGGCAGCAGCAGCAGCAGCACUCAUCCCUGCAUCCUUGUGAUCACUCUCCCCAGUACUGACUGUACCACCCCAGGCUGCAGCCCUCCUCACUGACCUCUCACCUUCCUGGCUGACCUCACCUCUGACCACUGCCAAGUACAACUUUUUGUCCUUGUUAUUCUGUUAUUUUAUUGUGUGCCUAAUUGUGUUUGUUUAUUCAGCUUUAUUUUAUUGAACUACUACUACUACUACUACUACUACUACUACUACUACUACUACUAGGCCAGCCUUGCUACCUCCCUUAGUACACUUGAGUACCUCCAACACAUCCCCUCUUAACCUACUACUACUACUACUACUAUUACUGUUGCAUGCACAAGGGUGCCUCAACAUGCCAGCCACCUACAACACUGUGGUGGUGCGGACACAGUUAGCACACCAGUUUUACAAGCACGCCAGUGAGUUCACCAGAGUGGGUUGCCAACUUGUUUAUGACCAGCAUCUACAGCAGCAAGGUCAGGUCAGGUUAGGUUAGGUCAAGUUAGGUUAAGUUAGGUUAGGUUUUUCAGAUGUGAAUUUUGUGAUGUGUCGAAAUGAAGGUCACAAGGGGUUCUGAAGGUCACGGGGUUUUGAAGGGGUUCUGUAGGUGACAUGGAAAGAGGAAGGAGAGGAAAGGUAGAGAGGAAGAAAGAGGAAGAGAUGAAGAAGAGAAGAGGGAAAGAGGAAGAGGAGAUAAUUGUUAAGAACUUGUCUCUCUCCUCUUCCUCUUUUGUUUCACUUCAUUAGUCAUUUCCUUGACUGUUUUGUUAAUUUGCUGUACUCUGCCCUCUUCCUUUCUCCGCUGCUGCUGCUGCUGCU